AUGGAGGCUCGUAUCUAUAUUGGCCAUUCAUACUAUUGGGGACCGAAGGUUGAUGUUGAUGUUUUUUGUUUUCUUGACCUUGCUUCAAAUUAUGAACCCCCAGAUUCACUUGCGGAGUGGCUUGAAGCUGGUGAACAGCCUGUCCAUAUUGGAUUUGAUAGCCUUCCUCUUGAAGAACCAGAGAACAUGACCAAUAUUAUUCUUCAAGCUCUGGAAAUAACUGGACAGAGAGGCGUCAUCAACCGAGGCUGGGGUGGCCUUGGUAAUUGUGCAUCAUGGGGUUGCUGGGACAACUGCUGCUGGUCUGAAAGCUACGUGUCCAACCACAAUUGUACCAUUCUUUGGGGACCAGCCAUUUUGGGGGCAGAGGGUGCAUGCCAUAGGAGUAGGUCCUGCACCGAUGAAUUCUCGCUUGAAAAGUUGGUCGAUGCCAUACGCUUCAUGUUAAAGAGCGUGCUGUUGAAAUUGCCAAAGGCCAUGGAUGGCAAAUAUGGGGUGACAGGAGCAGUGAAUGCCUUUCAUAGGCACUUUCCUCACAAUAAAUCUGAGGAUAAACCUGAGUCAUUGCCGGCUAGAAGAGGCUUAUUUUCCAUCAGGAGGUGUUUUGGCUACUCCUCCUACACAUGA